UACGUGAGGCAAGUCAAAAAGCCUCUUCUCUGUGCUGUCAGUCUGAGCCACCGACAGCAUUCUGGGAGGCCAGAUGCUAAUCAUUGUUAAUUGCAUUCCCCAGUCUUCAUAGGCAUUCGAUUUAGAGGAGCUGGGGUUGGAGUGUGGUGGGUGUUUGUGGGAGUUGGAGGGGUUGGUUGGCCCUUGUACGUCCCUCUCUUCCCACACUCCCUCCCUCCUUUUAACUGCCAACCGGCCAUGUGAAAACUCUCCGUGGGUGGACGCGGCUUUCGAGUCGAGACAAGACGAGAGCAAAUGAGACAAGGAACAGCCUGAUGAGAAAUAUGGCUGGGUGGCGGCUGGUCGUUGGUGGAAUGUGUGGCACAUGGGAACUUGGGCUGCUACAGGGAACACGUUUUGCAGAGGCUGAAUGUGACGGAUGUUGUUUUAUGGCCCUGUUCCAGGCCAGGGUCGGUGGGAAACAUCGCACAGUGGAAAACAAAAGGAAGGACAGAGAGAGGCCGGAAAUUGUUAUAUUUUAAGACUGGGUGGUGUGGUUUUGGUUACACUGUUUCGCUUGCGAAGGAAGUAAAUAUUUAAGCAAGCCCCCUUACCUAUUAUUGGAGUUGAUAAAUAGACAGACAGGGUUUAUGUGACUUGCUGGCUGCCAAUGUUGGAGAAGUAACCUUCAUUUUACUUCGGCCUGGCGUUGGCUGUUGGAGACGAGAUAUGUCUGCAGCCCUUUUCCCUUUUCUUACAUGUAACUUGCUAUAUAAAGAGACGGUCGAGCGACGAGCAUCGACGGAUGCCUUUUUCCCAUUUUUGCCCUUUGUCUCCUCUAGGAUCUACCGUUAUUUAUUUACCUUGCAUUUAAUGGGACCUAGUUACGUCUUUUCUCUGCGUAUAUAUGCGAGAAUGCUUGGGCUGUCCCGCAAACAUACAUACAAGUGACUUACUUACCUUUAACUCACGUUGCGGCUGAAGAAGACAAGAAGAAAGACCCUUUAGAUCCAAUCUUACCAGCUGCACCAAAGCACUGAAACAUAACUAUACCAAUGCCCUCCCUUAGGUCUCUCCGCCUCUAUCUCAACCUCCCCCAUCUCCUCCUCCUCUUCACCGCCCUCUACACAACCCUGACAUCUGCCGCCAGCUGCAUCAGCACCAAUGAGAUCAACAUCUGCUGUCCGGGCUCCCUAUUCGGCGGCCUCACCUCCGGCGGCAAUGGCAAACCAACCGCCCACGGCAUCUGCUGCAUAGACCCUUCCACCAUCAGACGCAGAAGCAUCGACGACAGCGACGACAACAUCAUCGUCAUCAACGAAGCGCUCCACCGCCGCCAAGCCGACAGAGUCGACAUCAACCCAACAACAUGCAGCGAGAACCACAUCCUCAUCCCGCUCAGCGCAACUGACUAUUCGCAGAAGGUGUCAUCGGUCAUGGCUUCCAUUAGUAGUGGUGGCAGUGGUGACCCCUCGAGUACAAAUACAGGUACCGCUGCACCGACGGGCGCUGCUACAACCACGGGUGGAGAAUCAUCAAGCGCUGCGGUGACGACGACGGCCACGACAACGACACCGUCGAGUACCGGUGGUAUGCCUGCAGCAACCGGACAGAGAUCGUACGUUGCUGUCAUUGGAGGGGUUGUGGCUGUGGCGGUGCUUGUUGCUGGCGGUUUGUAACUGAGUUUGAUCGGCCGGUACAUGUGUCGGCCUGUGGGUGGGAUGGGGCUUUUGAUAAUGAUAUAAAUGAUAUGAACACAUGCAUGUGAUUUGGGAACCGCGCGGUGGAGUGGGAUGGGGGAAAAAGCUGAAAUUGAAAUAUGGUCUUUUUCCCUGUGAUGAGGCGGAACGAGUUUUAUAUCAUCAAUGCAUUCAUUAUCCUACAUCAUCUCUUUCAACUCCAUUUUGCAUGUUUCUUUCUUUUGUUCCAUUUUAGGAUUCACAGAGAGUCCCCCGCAAUUUUCAGGUGUAUGUGGGAUUGAUUUUGGAUGUGGAUUGUUUGUCACCUUUCUAUGUUGUGACUUUCCCUCUCAAAAAUGGUGAUGAAUUCUUUCCCCGAGACAUUCUUGUGGCGAUAUUCUGCUGUAUGACCACACAACAAAUGCAUGCAGAGUACAGAAAUAUCUGUUUAUUAAAGUUAAGUUAGCAUGAUAUAAGAUAUGACAUCAUCUCUUUCAGA